UUUUGAAUGAUUAUAAUAUUAUUGUAUAUUUUUAAUCAUAUUAUAAUAGUUUGGGACAUCAUGAUUCAUUUAUCUAUGAUAUAAUAAAAUGCUAAUGUAACUUAAAAGCUUGCUAUAUUAGGCUAUCCUAAAAUGGAAAUUAAUAACACAUACUGCCGGUUUUGUGCGGAGCCCAAGAACAGUGAAAAAAUGUUAAAUAUGAAUGAAGAAAACAAACUCGAAGAAAUACAUAAAAAACUUUUGUUUGUUAAUGCUGAAUAUGUUGAUAUUUUAAAAGAAAAUUUACCUAAAAUGGUAUGCUUUGUAUGUUACGAAUCUUUGAAUAAAGCCUAUGAGUUUCUGAACAACGUAAUGAUAGCCCAGACCGUUCUCGAUAGCAUGUUUCCCAAUUCUGAAGUUGACCUUUAUUUCUCGGAAGAUGAAAAGAAUUUUAAUACUGAUUUAAUAGACAGUGAUGUUAAAGUGGAGCAUGUCAACGAUUUGGAUGAAGUUGAAGUGAAACCUGAACCAAAAGAUGAUUCUGAAUUAAAUGUCAAAGAUUUUAUUGAAGCUGCAAUUAGAAAUAUCCCAGAAAUUAGCAUUUAUGCGUCCGAAGAAAACAGUUUAAAAAAAACAUUAACUAAGUGGAAGCAUUAUCCUUGGACCUGUUCUAGUUGUAAUAUUGAAUUUUUAAAUAUAGAGACACUAAGACUGCACAGCCAAAUGACUCAUGGGAGGUGUAAUGCUUUUGCUUGUGUGUACUGUAAAGAUUUUGAAUUUAGCACUUUUGAGCAAUUUAUCUCACAUGUGAGAAAACAUAAACGGAAACUGCGGAAACGUUGUGAAUACUGUGAUGAAUCUUUUGAUGAGGAGGUUCUAAAUGCACAUCUCAAAUUUCACUUGGGAAAAGAAAAAGAAGCUUGCCAUCUAUGUGGUGAAAUUUUUACAAAAAAAGCAUUACAAGAACACUUAAAAGAGUUUGAACCAAAUAAACCAAAACGUAAACCUAAUAGAAAAAGGGGGGCUCCACUCACUAUUGAAGAACUGACUUGUCAACUAUGUAAUAAAGUUUAUAAAACUCCAAAUAGUUUGCGUGAUCAUAAGAAAAUACAUGCUAAUAAUCGUAAGAAAGAUUACACUUGUGAGCGUUGUGGAAAAAUGUUUUAUAAUAAAGGUACAUUAACAUCACAUAUAAUGGCACACAAUGAAGUGAGACCCCAUGUAUGUAGGAUCUGCAAUAAAUCUUUCAUGUUUCCAAAUAUGCUGCGUAGACAUGUGGAGAUGCAUUCUGGUGUAAAACCAUUCUCAUGUGAGCAAUGUGGCAGAUGUUUCCGGCUUCAAUACCAGCUAAAUGCACAUAAAAUUAUACACACUGACUCAAUGCCCCAUGUAUGUAAAUAUUGUAAUAAGGCUUUUAGAUUUAAACAAAUUCUAAAAAAUCAUGAACGUCAACAUACAGGUGAUAAACCUUAUGACUGUGAGUUCUGUGGAAUGAAAUUUACUAAUUGGUCCAACUACAACAAACACACAAAAAGAAGACAUAAUAUGGAUACAUCUAAAAAGAAGAUAACUCCUGAAGGAGUGUUCCCUAUUAAUUUAGAUACAGGGGAAUUGAUUCAGAUGCAAGAUGCUUCCACAGAAGAGUGGAAAACUAAAAUCAUGAUUCCAGCUAAACGGGGAAAGAAAAAAGUUAAAAAGGAAGAUCUGAAUGAAUAGUAAGUACAUAUAGGUAAAUAAAGUUAAAGGCAAACCUUAAAAUGAACCAACUCUAUUUACAACAUGAAAAGGUACAUUACAUUAUACAUAAUAUUUUGUUGAGUGAUCUAAUACAGAAUAUAUACACAACUAAUUGCCAUUAUGACUUGCCAUUGUAUUUUUUAAAUUUUAUGUAGGUUAAGUUCUGCAAUAGUGUAUCUUUUAUGAUUUGUAACAUAAGAUUUAUAGUUUUUAUAAGUACAGUGUAUAAACUAUGUUCUUCAAGAGAUUUGCAGUAAUAAACAAUUUAUUAUAAGUUUGA